GAGGGCAUCAAGGAUGGCCAAGCAGCGUCGGCAACAGACGACAACAACUUCAUCAACUUCUGUGAUGGCCGGACGAUCACAAACGGCGAGCAGAUCCAAACAGGCUCCUGCAACGGUAUCCCCAUGGGCAACAUCCCCGCAACCUCCAACAUGAUCUCUGCCAUGAUCACGAACCCCCAGCCCGGAGUGACCCUGCAAGCCGGCACUACCUUCAACAUCGAGGUGCAGACGUCGCAUCUGGCCGCGGGCAACUUCGUCAAUCCCACUACCCAGUACUACACUGCGCCGCAGGACCUCGACAGCAACGGUGACAUCAUUGGGCACUGCCACGUCACCGUCCAGGACAUUGGCCAGCUGCAAUCGACAACGCCUCCGGACCCGAGUCAGUUCGUCUUCUUCAAGGGUAUUGACGACGACGGCAACGGCCAAGGCUUGCUGUCGACUACUGUCGAGGGGGGCCUGCCCGCGGGAGUGUACCGCGUGUGCACCAUGAUUGCUGCUCAGAACCAUCAGCCUGUGACGAUGCCUGUUGCCCAGAGAGGUGCGCAGGAUGACUGCACCAAGUUUGAGGUUGUAGAUAGUCAGGGUGGUGGCAAUCAAGGGGGAAACCAGAACGGCAACCAAGGUGAUCAGAACAACAAUCAGGGUGGCCAGAACGGUGGCCGCCAGAAUGGUGAUCAGGGCGGUGACCAAGCCGAUCAGCAAAAUGGUAACCAAGGCGGCGACCAGGCUGAUCAGCAGAAUCCCGAUCAGGGUGGUGACCAGCAGAAUGGCGGUCAAGACGAUGACCAGGCAAACCAACAAGUUGAAGAUCCGGCAGCCCAACCGACUGAGGAUCCUGCAAACCAAGGAGGUGACCAGGAAAACCAGACCGCCGACCCAGCAGCCCAGCCGACUGCCGCCCCUGCAGACCAGGCUGGCGGCCAGACAAACCCGAACCAGGAAGGAUUCGGGAGAGGAGGGUUUGGCAAGUUCAGGGGCGGCAGAGGAGGACGUGGUAGGGGCAGGUUCGGCCAGAGGGUUUAAUUGGGUUCAUGUAAGGAAUAUAGAGAGACGACAACGAGACAUCAUUUCAAGCUGCAGAUGGUCAUGGCCAAGACCGUCGGUCUCGGGUACCAUGUGAUCGUCAGAGUAACCUGCAAUACAAUACAGUGAAUCCCAGAGUUAAUCAGAGACCCUUCCAGAGUUGUAAGCCUGUGACUUUGUCGGUCAGAG